UCUCCGGCAGGGACUAGUCUCCCUCUGUUCUCCCCUCUGUGUGAGGAAAAAUAACACACACACACACAGAGAGACAGAGGAGGAAAAAAAAAACAUCAGCGAUCUCUUCCACGAUACCUCCCCUGAAGACUCCGAUGGAUUGAUCUGAUUUUGUGCGACGAUAGAGGAUGGGCUGUGUCCAAUGUAAGGAUAAAGAAGCAGCGAAACUCACCGAUGACCGCGAGACCAGCCUCACACACAGCUCCGGGUACCGCUAUGGCUCCGACCCCACGCCGCAGCACUACCCCAGCUUCGGCGUCACCACCAUUCCCAACUACAACAACUUCCACACCGCCGCCACACAGGGGGUGACUGUGUUCGGAGGCGUGCACACGUCCUCGCAGUCUGGCACGCUUCGGUCUCGCGGAGGGACAGGGGUAACUCUGUUCGUGGCUCUGUAUGACUAUGAAGCCAGGACCGAGGACGACCUCAGCUUCAGAAAGGGGGAGAGGUUCCAGAUCCUCAACAGCACGGAGGGAGACUGGUGGGAGGCCCGUUCCCUUACUACAGGUGGAACUGGAUACAUUCCCAGCAAUUAUGUCGCUCCUGUGGACUCAAUCCAGGCCGAGGACUGGUAUUUUGGUAAAUUAGGCCGAAAGGACGCAGAAAGGCAGCUGCUUUCCGGCGGCAACGCCAGAGGCACUUUCCUCAUCCGUGAGAGCGAAACAACCAAAGGGGCGUACUCUCUCUCCAUCCAAGACUGGGAUGACAUCAAGGGAGAUCACGUCAAGCAUUAUAAGAUUCGUAAGCUGGACAACGGAGGCUAUUACAUCACCACCAGGGCCCAGUUUGAGACCCUCCAGCAGCUAGUUCAGCACUACUCUGCCAGGGCUGCAGGGCUGUGCUGUCGACUGAUCGUGCCCUGCCACAAAGGCAUGCCUCGUCUGACCGACCUGUCCGUCAAAACCAAAGACGUGUGGGAGAUCCCGCGGGAGUCUCUGCAGCUCAUCAAACGCCUCGGCAACGGCCAGUUCGGAGAAGUCUGGAUGGGCACAUGGAACGGCACCACGAAGGUGGCGGUGAAGACCUUAAAACCCGGCACCAUGUCGCCCGAAUCCUUCCUUGAGGAAGCUCAGAUCAUGAAGAAGCUCAGACAUGAUAAACUGGUGCAGCUCUACGCCGUGGUGUCUGAGGAACCCAUCUACAUCGUUACAGAGUACAUGAGCAAAGGAAGUUUGCUUGAUUUCCUCAAAGACGGGGAAGGACGAGGCCUCAAACUUCCAAAUUUAGUGGACAUGGCAGCCCAGGUGGCCGCAGGAAUGGCGUACAUUGAGAGGAUGAACUACAUCCACAGAGACCUGCGCUCUGCCAACAUCCUUGUAGGAGACGGCCUUGUGUGCAAGAUCGCCGAUUUCGGUCUGGCCAGGCUCAUUGAGGACAAUGAGUAUACAGCAAGACAAGGUGCCAAGUUUCCGAUUAAGUGGACGGCUCCCGAGGCUGCGCUGUACGGGAAGUUCACCAUCAAGUCGGACGUGUGGUCGUUCGGCAUCCUGCUCACGGAGCUGGUGACCAAGGGGAGGGUGCCCUAUCCGGGCAUGAACAACCGCGAGGUGCUGGAGCAGGUGGAGCGAGGCUACCGGAUGCCGUGCCCGCAGGACUGCCCCAUCUCCCUGCACGAGCUGAUGGUGCAGUGCUGGAAGAAGGACCCGGAGGAGAGGCCCACCUUUGAGUAUCUGCAAGCCUUUUUGGAGGACUACUUCACAGCCACUGAGCCUCAGUACCAACCCGGGGAUAACCUCUGAAGCUCCUCUGCCCUCAUCUCAUGUCAUUUCACGGGCGUUCCACCAGAGGGAGCCACGCACCUCCUUUUCUGUCAUCUUCGAAAAGCUUUUUUUGACUGACUUCUUCCUGACGCCAUGGAAACGGGGAUGGACGGCAGUGAACUGACCAUCAACGCCAAGGGUGUCGAUGCGGGCCAGAAGUAAUUAACUUUCAUAAACAAGCAACAUGAGUUGUGUACUUUGUAUGUAUUGUAAAUAUAAAUUGCUUGUUUACUUAACUUUUUUUUUUUGUUGUUUAAUUUUGUAUUACUUUUGAUAAUUUGGGAGCCUGUGGAUUUAUUAUUUUGGAUCCAAGGUACAAAAAAAAAAACGCUUUUCUCGGAGCAGUGUGUGGCACUCAACACCCACUGAAGGUUUCACAAAACAACAACUGCUAGUGCGGUCGUAGGCAUCUCGGACCGGAGCAUCAGAAAUUUUCCCGCAGCAUUUUUUUACGAGGCCGAUUUAACAACGCUUCUCUUCUCAAGGAACCUAGAUGUAAUAUAAAACCUGUUUUUGCCUUUUCAUCUUUAGUAAUCUUAUAACGCAAGGGAAUGCCUUCACGCUAUAUAAACACUAACCUGCAUCAUGGACUCGUCCGAUCAAGCCCAAGCUGUAGGGCCUCGGCGCUGAUACUAAGUGCAUCCAUAGCAUUUCGGCUUAAGCCAACAAGUCUUAGCUCGGCUUAAAGUAAUCUUUAGUUUAGCUUUCUGUAGUUGAAAAGGGCCGGACUUCCUCUCCAGCUGCAACCAUUGUUUAGGUGAUUGCUUAGUAUACUGAUGAUGUGUGUUGCAUUGACGUCUGGCAGCAGGCUGUAUAAGAUCUCUCACCCUUUUUGCUUUGACAUGCUGAGAAUGAAGGAUGUGUACUAGUAGUUGUCCUUGCAUUAUGUGUACUUUUUAAAUAACAUGUUUUUUUUAUGUUCUACCAGUGUUAUAUGUUACAUGUUCAUUUUGAUUUUCCAAUCACGAGGUGUGAACCCCUGUCCCUGGAGGUGAUCCAGGACAAGGCGCCAUCUCUGUGGGUAUUUAUGUUGCUUUCCAUGGGUGGUAAAGUGAACCGUAACUUUUCACUUUCUAUCGCUUUUCAUAAUUUAUUGGGCAUACGAAAUAUUUUGUUUUUCUUUUUUUUGCUCUCGCUAUUAUUUAUUGUCUGUCUGUUACUUGUACACAACUGGUUUUGAAAUAAACAAUCUCUCGAUUAUUACA